GUUGACAGAUAAAACAGCCUUCGUGUCGUACUGUGUAUUUAUUUAUUUACAUGUAAGAAAACAUAAUUUCUUUGCUUUUAUUGCUCGCUUAGUGUGUCGGUGGAGGGAGUUCGGAGUUGCGUGUAAUAUCAUUGAAAAACUACGUCAACAACUCAGUUCUCUUUUAGAUGUUGGACUGUUGAGUCCCGUGUUGUCGCAUAAACGUAUUGCUUCUAGUUAAUGUAUAUAAUUUUUAGUUUAGUUUUGUAAUCGUACACAUCCAUCAAAAUGAAUCGAAAAUUUUUAAACGUUAUAAUCCUCGGAUUUGGAUUUAUGUUCGUCUUCACUGCUUUUCAAACUAUGGGAAAUAUAGAGAAAACAGUGCUUGACAGUAUAUCCCACGAUGAUCCGGAGUUCACGGGCGAUGGCUACACGUCACUGGCCAUCAUUUACGCGACGCUGGCCAUCUGCAACUGGAUGGCGCCUUCCAUCAUCACGAUCACUGGUCCUAGAGGCGCCAUGUUCAUUGGAGGACUUACAUACUUGUUCUUCAUCGUGACUUUCUUGUUCCCUCGCACUUGGUUGCUGUACGUGGCGAGCGUGCUGAUCGGCGCGGGCGCGGCUGCGAUAUGGACCGGCCAGGGUAACUACCUGACACUCAACAGCGAUGCCGAUACCAUAUCCAGGAACUCUGGAGUUUUUUGGGCUAUGUUGCAGUGCAGCAUGUUUUUCGGUAAUCUGUUCGUGUUCAUAAAGUUCCAAGGCAAGACCCAAAUUGAUGUGGAAACCAGAAAUGUGGUGUUCGGCGCUUUGACGGGAGUGUGCGCGGUCGGCUUAGUUUUCCUCAUGCUGCUUAGACCUGCUAAGCGUAUGCCCAAUAUUGAAGAUGCCAAGGGAGAAAUAGUGACACACGACGUUCAGGACAGCCCUCUGGAUGCGUUCAAAGGUGCUCUGAGGCUGUUCUGUACCCGGGAUAUGUUGUUACUGAGCGUCACCUUCAUUUAUACCGGUGUUGAGCUGUCAUUCUUCAGCGGCGUCUACAGUCCUAGUAUCGGAUUCACUCUGUCUAUGGGCGAGAAUGCAAAGCAACUGGUGGGCUUGUCAGGCGUCUUCAUUGGUAUGGGAGAAGUGCUCGGAGGUGCUCUAUUCGGUAUCCUUGGAUCCAAAACGACUCGUUGGGGCCGCGAUCCCAUCGUCAUCAUGGGCUAUUUCAUCCACCUGGGCAGUUUCUUCCUCAUCUUCAUCAACCUACCCACCGUGGCACCCUUCGGAGACACAAACGAAGUCUCCUACAUAACCCCAUCACCACAGCUAGCUAUGUUCUGCAGUUUUCUGCUCGGCUUCGGCGAUGCGUGCUUCAAUACUCAAAUAUACUCGAUCCUGGGAGGCAAUUACUCGGAUAACAGUACCUCGGCGUUCGCUCUCUUUAAGUUUACUCAGUCCCUAGCAGCAGCAGCAUGCUUCUUCUACUCAUCAAAGGCGCUCCUGUCAGUACAACUGCUGAUCCUCGGCGUGCUCGCGUCAGUGGGCACGGCGUGCUUCUGCCGCGUGGAGUGGGCGAGCCGCGCCCGCGCACGCGCACUCGCGCUCGACGUCGACGACAAGGCCUCGCCCACCACGCACGCGCUCGCCGACAACGCGCUACACUACGACUGAACUACGCCGUAGCUAAGACUUGACUACGCCGUAGCACCGACUUACUGGUUUUAGAAACAGGGCUUACUCCGAAAAUUUGGAACUUGGGACUUCUGUGAUUUUGUGGCAUUUUUUGUCGUUUGAUUAGGAUCAAACACUGCUACUUUUACUCCGUCAAGCAAGGAUGCACUUUGAGUGUUGUAUAUUAUGUAAGAUAUGGGCAGAGCCCUAUACAACCCUAAAAUGCGUCCUGCUUCGCGGAGCGUACGUGUGAUGAGUUCGACUCGAAUAAAAUCAGAAUUUUAUAAUUAUCUAUUAAGAAUAUUCAUCAUCAAUAUCCUACAGUAAACUAAAAAGUAGUAAAUCCUUGGUGUCUAAAAUGAUUAAUAUUCCGGCGUGUGUAAUAUUGUGUGAUGGCAAAAGGCCAGCCCGAGGCAGCCUGAACUGAAGAAGUGUACAUAGAAGUGAAGCUUAGAAUAAGGAAAUAUUAUAAUAAAAAAUAUCAACUGUAAACAACACAUCUCUAAAGUAUGAUAAUGUGUAUGUAGAUCUUCGUUAUCAAAUAUUAUAUUCGGCGAUGCGCUUGCGACUUAACCGUGCCGCGUAAGCGCAAGCGCAGUAACGAUUUAAAUGUCGUACACACGUAGUUCUUAAAAUUUAUUGAUAAGUAUUGAAAUUAACUAUUUUCUUGAAUAAAAUUCGAAUUGUAUUUGAUAUAAAAAUCUUCUUUAUUUCAUAUUGAAGUAUUAUUACUGAAUGUAUUUUAUUUAAGGAUUCUAUGUGUGGAUACAGUUCAGUAUAAACUUAACUAAAAAAAUAAUUUUCUGUAAAGUUGCGUAUGAAUUACGAGAAAUACCAAUUUUGGCUGUGUCAUGCUCAUCGGUAUAGGUUUAUUUAAAUUUGACAAUUCUUGUACAUUCAUGAAAAAAUGCGUGUUUUUCUCUCAAAACCCACGCCCAUGGUGUAUCUGUUAUGGACCAAGUGAUAAAUUGGGCAGUAUACAUAAUGCCCGGUCAUUAUGAUAAAUGCCCAAUAUGAGAGUGCAAUUUGAUAAUAAUUACUCAAACAAUCAAAUUGACCGGGCACUAUACAUAUUGCCCGUGACCUUUUGGGCAAAGUAAUACAAACAUAUUUAAUUUCAUUUUUUUACUGUUAUUGACAUUUAACUUAAAAUUAACUAAAUAUAACACAUCCCAUAUCAAUUGACAGAGCAUAGAAGUAAGCAUGCAAUAUGCAGCAAGCAUGGCUUCUGUCACGGCUCCGGCGCUGCGGGGCUCCGGCGGUCCCAUGCGAGCUUAUCGUCGCAGAUGGUUUUCACGCUCACCACCGCAGCUUCGGCUUGCUGGCCGGCUCAGCCGCGGCGGCGAGCGCUGAAACUACCUGCGCCUCAGCUCGCAGGCCGCCUCGCCCCUCCGUGCCUUCGCGGUUUUGAAUUGCACUCUAGGGGUAGGGCAGACAAGACUACGUGGAGUCGGUUUUGCAGCGAUUCGUUUUCGUCACUAAGUUCAGUUUUUAAUACAAUGUUUUGAAUCCAAAUUAAAUCCUACCAUAAAAAAAAGUAAAUUAGAUGACGAUUGUCCAAUUAAUAGUUUUGUGGCUAGACUUAUAAUUUCCCAUUAAAAUAGAACAUAUAAUUUAAAACAAUAAUCAUAAAAUAUGUAGCAAGUAACAGGAUUUAUUUAUAAGAACAACUGCCACCCUCGCAACACAUAAAAUAUAGCUUUAUUAUCAAAUUGCCCAACUAUCAUGUAGCAAUAUAAUAAUGCCCGUGCAAUGUGAUAAAUAAUGAAGUUAAGAUAGUUAUUAAUCACUUGGCCCGAUAAAGCUAGACAUUAUUUAUAAUGCUCGGGCAUUAUAAAUAAUGCCCGAAUUAAUCACAUGGCCCAUAACAUAUCCAUAAUGUAGAAUAUAAGCAAAAUAUAGCCAGCUUUAAAGUGAAAGGUAACACAUUGAAUGAAACAGGGAAUUAUUUAUUAAUUUGUAUCCAAAAUAUUUCUAUACUUCAUAAUAUGAUUUCAUCAAUCAUUUUGUGAUUCGAUCAUAUUUAUAUAUGUAUGAUAUUAUUAAUGUAUGAAAGGCAGGGUGGUGCUCUACUCAUAUUCUUGAGUGUAAAAAGUGUAAAAUAUUUUUGUAUAGAAAGUAAUAUAUAUCAUUAUGUAGAUAAAAUAGGACUUCUAGUCACAAAACUCGAGGUUUUUAAAUGAAAUCAUGGAAUUCAAAUCAUUAUACACAUCCAAACAUUCCUUGUUUAUUGUUGUUUUGUCAAGUGAAUUUGUAGAUGGUAUGUUAAUUUAAUAUUACAUCUGUUAUUUGUUUUCAAGCUUUUAAUGUAACAUUCCCUAACUUCUAAUUCCAAUUAAAAAUACCUAAGGAUAGAAGUGCAAAGUGUAUCAACACUUGCAAUGGCUCAAAUCUAACAGUAAACUAAAUGUAAAUAAAAACAUUACCCAUGAAUUAGUUGCAGUCAAAAACAAUUGUGCUCUUUUAACUGUCUGUCUAGUCUUAUAAUCCAAUUCUAAAACUCCAGUUGACUGUACUUUUAAGCAAUUGAUGUAAAAUAAAAAUAUUUUAAUAACA